AUGGCAUCAACAAGUCAACCGCAUUCUACCUUUCCCUCGCGCCUCUACAAUAACAAUAACAAUAACAAUAACAAUAACAUCCGGAAUCCUCCAACGAAUUUUGGACCACCAUCACAAACGGCUCUGGCUUUGAGGCAGCAGAAAACAACACAAUUGGAGCGCGAGCGUGUGGAAAGAGAAAAGUUAUCAAAGGAUACUCAACAACCGCAGGGUCAACAACCUGGGGCGCCGGUGGCCAACUUAAUGAAUACCUUGAGUGAUGAGCAGAAAGACGAGAUCAAUGAAGCGUUUAUCCUCUUCGACAACGACAAGGACCAACGAAUUGACUACCACGAAUUCAAAGUCGCCCUCAAAGCCCUCGGUUUCGACCUCCCCAAACCCGAAAUCCUCACCCUCCUAACCACCCACGGGAUCGCUCCCGACGCCGCCGCCGGCCCCGGCCCACGCGAUGCCAUUAUCCCUCCUGGCCGUCUCCUCCUCACCUUCUCCUCCUUCCAAUCCAUCGCUGGCACACUCAUAUCCCAGCGCGAUCCGCGCGACGAGAUACUAAGAGCUUUCGCACUAUUCGAUAUUGACGAAAAGGGCAUGAUAACUUUAGAUGAUCUCAGGAGAGUAGCGCGGGAAUUAGGAGAGGGGCUCGAGGAAGACGAACUGGUGGCCAUGAUUGAAGAGUUUGAUUUAGAAGGGAAAGGCGGGGUAGGAAAGGAGGAAUUUAUCCAAAUAUGCAUGGGAUGA